UUAUCCGCCCAGAAAUAUUUCCAUACAGAUAUUACUCCUGAACAAUAGUAACAUGGAGGGACCAGGUGGAGGUAUUUCUGCAGAGACUUUCACGAAACUUGAUGUGGUGACGGAAAGAGAGAAGUCAGCGGAAAUGUUUGACGAUCAGUUUGAAAGUUCAGCAGCUAGCUCAUCUUAUAAUUGGACCGACUACAAAUCUUCUAAUAACAGCAGCUCUGAAACGACAUCUCUGCCAUAUUGGUGGGUUAAUGAGACCGCGACCGCUGACAGCGAAGGGUUUGUGAAUGAAAUUCCUCCCGAUUAUGAAAAUCCAACCGUAAUAAGCUUCUUGUCGGAAAACAUUCCAGCACGUUCUCCUGCUAUCAGAUUCAAAGUCUUAAUCAACUGGUUGCCACCAAAACCACCAACUGCUUUUGAUGGUUUCAACAUAUAUAUCCAGAGAGAUGGAAAUACAACGGAAACGUCGGCUGUAGAUGACAGCACCCAUGAAUUUGUGACCGUGUUGAAUGAGCCAGGAAAAUAUCAAUUGAUGAUCAGAACGUCUAGCUCCUCCAUGUUCUGUGGUAGUCGGGAAAGUAGCUCACCCGGAGCGCUCCGUUUCUAUAUCAGUCCUGAUGGGAAAUGGUUUGAGGAGCUGACAGAAAGACCAGCGAAUGUGACAGUGACUAUCCUGAAUUCUACCACAGCUCUGGUGUCAUGGACAUCUUCCCUGACAAACAGCACGGACACAAUUGUGUCUGUGAAGUCACAAACAUGUCACAAGCAGAAGGAAAGUCAGCGCCUUGAGAAGCAUUACUGUACAGAGGUUAACUUAACUGGUAACAUCAUAAGAAACCUAGUUCCAGGUGCACAGUACAGAGUGGCUGUCUAUCUGCAGAAGGUUCCGUUAAUUGGACCACCAUCAGAAGCUGUUCUAUUUUCCAUAGAACCAACUGGAAUAAAAGAUUUAUUGCUUUAUCCAUUGGGACCAUCGGUGGUGGUGUUAAGCUGGACAAGGCCUUACCACAGUGCGUUUCGGAAAUAUGUUGUCGAAAUGUUUUAUUUUAACCCUGCAACUAUGACAUCUGAAUGGACGCCAUACUAUGAAAUAGCAGCGACUGUAUCUGUGACCUCUACAGUGAGACUCAUCAAUUUGCUCCCUGCCUGGUAUUAUAACUUCAGGGUUACAAUGGUGACGUGGGGGGAGCCGGAGCUGAGCUGUUGUGAUGGUUCUACUAUAAGCUUUAUAACAGCUCCCGUGUCCCCUGCGAUCAGCCACGUGGAAUAUGUGAAGAAUCUCCUUUAUGUGACAUGGACAUAUGGGGAGAAAUCAUUGGAUCUGUCACACUCCAGAAUGUUACACUGGCAGGUGAUGGCUGAAGGAAGGAAAAGAAUAAAGAAAAGUGUGUCUCGCAACACGAUGACUGCAGCGAUGAGUCUGCCCGCUGGGGACAUCUAUAACAUCACUGUCACCGCCUGUACGGAGAGAAGCAGUAACACCUCUCUGCCUUAUCUGGUUAGACUCGAGCCGGUUCCCCCAAAGUCUCUGUAUGCUGUGAACAAAACACAAACCUCGUUUACUCUUCUGUGGGUGGAAGAAGGCUUUUCUGAUUACUUUGACGUGUUCUGCUGGUGCUUAGACCCUGCCCAGAAUGAAUAUGAAAAGGACCCGGUGACUGUGUUCUCGCAUGUAGUGACGAUGUCCAAUCUCCAGCCUGGCGCAUCCUAUAACUGCAGCAUCACCAGCGUCAGCCACCGCUCUCCCAGUAUUGCUACCUACAUUACAGUUUCUACAUUAGUUGCUGAAGUGAACCCCAAUGUUGUGGUGAUAUCUCUGCUGGCGAUCCUCAGCAUCCUGCUCAUUGGACUCUUGCUGGCGACUCUUAUUAUUUUACGACGAAAACAUCUGCAAAUGUCGAGAGAAUGUGGGGCUGGAACGUUUGUCAAUUUUGCCACGUUGGAGAGAGACGGGAAACUUCCAUACAACUGGCGUAGAAGUAUAUUUGCUUUCCUAACCCUCCUGCCCUCCUGUCUGUGGACUGACUACCUCUUGGCUUUUUAUAUUAACCCGUGUGUUACCCGAAUCUUUUACCAGAGAGGUAGCAGUGUUUGUCUGGAGCAGCAGUGCCCAGCUAGGAACAAAAAUGGAUUCAAGAAACGGAAGUUGACCAACCCAGUACAGUUAGAUGACUUUGAUUCUUACAUUAUGGAGAUGGCAAAAGAUUCCGACUACAAGUUCUCUUUACAGUUUGAGGAAUUGAAAAUGAUUGGUCUUGAUAUACCUCACUCUGCAGCAGACCUUCCAGCAAACCGAUGCAAGAACCGCUAUACAAACAUAUUACCGUAUGACUUUAGCCGGGUGACACUGGUGUCCACAGAUGAAGAGGAUGGCGCCGAUUACAUUAACGCAAAUUACAUCCCUGGAUACAACACGUUACAAGAAUACAUUGCAACACAAGGACCAUUGCCUGACACAAGGAAUGAGUUUUGGAAGAUGAUUCUUCAGCAGAAAUCACAAGUGAUUGUAAUGCUCACCCAGUGCAAUGAAAAGAGACGGAUAAAAUGUGACCACUAUUGGCCAUUCACAACAGACCCUGUCAGCUAUGGAGACAUUACGGUAGAGAUGAUAUCGGAGGAUGAACAACCAGACUGGGCGCUCCGCGUAUUCUGCGUCUCAUUUGCUGACGACGUACAACGUGUUAUGCAUUUCAACUUUACAGCGUGGCCGGACCACGGCGUCCCAGCUGCCAGCGCAGCGGAAAGCAUACUGCAGUUUGUAUAUAUGGUGAGACAGAAAGCAUCCAAAACCAAAGGGCCAAUAGCUGUGCAUUGCAGUGCUGGUGUUGGGCGGACAGGAACCUUCAUAGCUCUGGAUCGUCUGAUGCAGCACAUUCACGAUCAUGAAUUUGUAGAUGUUUUAGGUCUUGUGGGUGAACUUCGCUCUUACAGGAUGUGUAUGGUGCAGACAGAGGAACAAUUUAUUUUUAUUCAUCAAUGUGUUCAAUUAAUGUGGAAAAAGAAAAAACAGCAGUUUCGGAUCAGUGACGUUAUUUAUGAAAAUGUCAGCAAGUCAUAGAAUGAAUUCUGUCUUGUGUGAGGACUACAAUCAUCUUCCCUAGUUUCAGGCUUUCUUUUCUGAAUCGCAACCACUGGCCGCCAAGUAGUGGAUGGACACCGGGAAGACCCAGCCUUAAAACCUGAUGUGUCUUUUGGACCUUUCCUUCAUGAACUGUUUUAUAACACUGGGCCAAAUUUAAACAUAAUAAAAUAAAGACACUUAACUGGAUGUUGAAUAGUUGCAAAGAGCUUCAUGGCGGAAUGUUCUAUAAUGAGCUUCAUGGCGGAAUGUUCUAUAAUGAGCUUCAUGGCGGAAUGUUCUAUAAUGAGCGUCAUGGCGGAAUGUUCUACAAUGAGCUUCAUGGCGGAAUGUUCUCAGGUGUUAGCACUGAUAUGACAAUUCCCAGAGUGUUGCAGUGAAUAAUUUGAGCUGUCAUAGUGUCACAAGUUACCUCAUUUUACACAAGAUUUCUGCGUACUUCAAAGGAGUAUGUAGAACCAGACAUGGUAGAACCAUUUUUCUUUUUGCCGUGUAGUACCACAUCCGGUGAGACUUUUUUUUUAGCUUUUACAGCUGAUGCUGCAGAAGGAAGGAGAGAGCAAUUGUCAUUUACACCAAUUGGCCCUAAGACUAAAACCAUCUGACUAAUAUUAUGCAGGUCCUCCUCAUACCACCAAAAGUUCUCUGACCAUCAAGGUAAGGACUACACAAGACCUCUGAAAGUGUCAUGUGGUAUCUGGCACCAAGAUGUUAGCAGCAGAUCCUUUAAGUCCUAUAAGAGGUGAUGUGGGGUCUCUUGUUUUUCCACUUUCCACAGAUGUUUGAUCGUAUUGAGAUUUGGAGACCAAAUCAACACCUUGAACUCUGUCAUGUUAUUCCUGAGCAAUGUAUGCAGUGUGGAUGUGCACAUGAUCCUGCUGAAAGAGGACUUUGUCAUCAAUGAAUACCGUUGCCAUGAAGGGGUGUACUUGGUCUGCAAUGUUUAGGUAGUUGUUACAUGUCAAAGUAACCUCUACAUGAAUGUCAGGACCCAAGAUUACCCAGCAGAAUAUUGCCCAGAGCAUCACACUGCCACCAUCCCAUUGUGCAUCCUGGUGCCAUCUCUUCCCAAGGUUAACAACACACACGCACCCAGCCGUCCACAUGAUUCAUCAAACCAGGCUACCUUCUUCCAUUGCUUCAUGGUCCAGUUCUAACACUCAUGUGCCCAUUGUAAGUGUUUUUGGCAGUGGACAGCAUGGGCACUCUGACCGGUUUGUGGCUACGGUGUGUUCUGACACCUUUCUAGCAUCAUUUCAGCAAUACUGUGGGAUGGGACCAGACGGGCUAGUUUUUGCUUUCCACACACAUUCAUUAGCCUUGGGCACCCAUAACCCUAUCGACAGUUGUCCUUGCUUGGACCAUUAUUGGUACGUACUAACCACUGCAUACCAGGAACACCCCACAAGACCUGCCGUUGUGGAGAUGCUCUGACCUAGCUGUCUAGCCAUCACAAUUGGACUCUUGUCACAGUCACUCAGACCCUUAUGCUCGCCCAUUUUCCUACUUCCAAUACAUCAACUUCAGGAACGGACUGCUCACUUGCUGCCUAGAAUAUCCCAUCCUUAACAGUUGCAAUUUCAAUGAAAUAAUCAAUGUUAUUAACUUCUCCUGUCAGUAGUUUUUAACGUAAUGACUGAUUGGUGGAGAACCCAAGUGUUCUGAGGGUAAGGACUCUCCACAGCAGUAGGAGAUACAGUCUGCGAUGCACAUAAACAACGCUUUGACCAAGCACAUGACCAGAUUGGAGAGUGGGAACAUGUGUGGUCUCUUUACUGCUGAAGUCUCUCAUAGUAAGGACCCCUAAUGUUCAUGUGUUUAAUGUCACUGGAGACACUUUCAUCUAUUCAGUUAAGUUUUAUUUGUGAUAUUGGAGUGUAAUAAGUGUUUGACACAGAUUGGUUGUAUAGGCAGUGGAUUUGUUCAGUAUCACUGGAAUGGGAAAACUAAGAAACAGUGAUAUAAAUUGCACAUUAAAUAAAAUAUUUAAGAUAUUUAAAUAAGAAA